GUUCGCUUGGUCACGCUGUAUCUUCCAACGAGAAGUCUUUGAUGAAAAUAUUGUGAAAAAUUUUGUUUAAUGUGCGAAAGAAGUGCAAGUGCAUUAUCAAAUUAUGUUCGAAGUGCUUACACAAUGCACAGCAUUGUUUGUCGAUUCUAAACUACUGCAAUAAUUGCAGGAAUAGUUGCAAGAAAACGUCUGUUUUGCAAUUGUUCGAUUUUUCCCACAAGACAACCAACGUUCUUCAGUGUGCAAGUGAAGUAAAAAUCUGGUGAUUUGCGCAAGCAAUUGCUAUAAUUUGUAAACUCGCAACGCAAAAAUUAUUUAGCACAGAUGUCGCUUUAAGCAAGCAGCAAAAUUGCAUUUUCGAACAUUUCCGCCUGCACCUGGUUUCCGUGGACGUGCUUUGGAUCCGUGGACAACAGAGACGCAAAGAUAGACGCCGUGUGGGGUUGGGCAUCCGCCCCGCUGCGCUUAGCGGCGAAUAGAAUGGGCGAUCCUUUGCUGCCGGGCUCCACCGGCCUAGGCAGCGGUGCUGCCGCCACAGCCACCGCUGCUGGUUCAGGCACAACGGGCAGUGGGCUGGGUGGUGGCGGUGGCACCGGCGGUGCCGAACGUCCACCAUCGCCCGCCCGUCUCACGCACACGUCCGAGAAGCAUCCGAAAGUAACGCUCACCGAGCUGAAUAUGCUGCGUCGCCAUCGUGAACUCUGCGACGUCGUGCUCAAUGUGGGCGGACGCAAGAUCUUUGCGCAUCGGGUUAUUUUGAGUGCAUGCAGCUCGUAUUUUUGUGCCAUGUUCACCGGUGAGCUGGAGGAGUCACGACAAACGGAGGUCACCAUACGCGACAUCGAUGAGAAUGCCAUGGAGCUCUUAAUCGACUUUUGCUAUACCGCUCACAUUAUUGUCGAGGAAUCGAACGUGCAGACUUUGCUACCAGCCGCUUGUCUGUUGCAGCUCGUCGAGAUCCAGGACAUUUGCUGUGAGUUCCUCAAGCGUCAACUCGAUCCGACCAAUUGUCUGGGCAUACGCGCCUUUGCCGACACACACUCCUGCCGCGAACUGCUGCGCAUUGCCGACAAAUUCACCCAGCACAACUUCCAGGAGGUGAUGGAGAGCGAGGAGUUCCUGCUGCUGCCCGUGGGCCAGUUGGUGGAUAUCAUUUGCAGCGAUGAGCUCAAUGUGCGCAGCGAGGAGCAGGUCUUCAAUGCGGUCAUGUCCUGGCUGAAGUACAAUGUCGCCGAACGGCGUCAGCAUUUGGCACAAGUGUUGCAACAUGUACGCUUGCCUCUACUCUCGCCCAAGUUCCUAGUCGGUACUGUGGGCUCCGAUCUCUUGGUGCGCUCCGAUGAAGCCUGUCGCGAUCUGGUCGACGAGGCUAAAAACUAUCUACUGCUGCCGCAGGAACGUCCAUUGAUGCAAGGUCCACGCACACGUCCUCGCAAACCCACACGACGCGGUGAAGUGCUUUUCGCCGUGGGCGGCUGGUGCUCGGGUGAUGCGAUUGCCUCCGUUGAACGCUUUGAUCCGCAGACCAACGAUUGGAAAAUGGUUGCGCCGAUGAGCAAGCGACGUUGUGGCGUUGGCGUUGCCGUUCUCAAUGAUCUUUUAUAUGCUGUUGGCGGCCAUGAUGGCCAAAGCUAUUUGAAUAGCAUUGAACGCUACGAUCCACAGACCAAUCAAUGGUCCUGCGAUGUGGCGCCGACCACAUCGUGCCGCACCAGCGUUGGCGUUGCUGUUUUGGAUGGUUUUCUCUAUGCCGUGGGUGGACAGGAUGGUGUACAGUGUCUGAAUCAUGUGGAACGCUAUGAUCCCAAGGAGAACAAAUGGUCCAAGGUGGCACCGAUGACCACACGUCGUUUAGGCGUUGCUGUUGCUGUCCUAAGCGGUCAUCUUUAUGCAAUUGGUGGCUCCGAUGGCCAAUGUCCGCUCAACACCGUCGAACGUUACGAUCCCAGGCAAAAUAAAUGGGUUGCUGUCAAUCCCAUGAGCACACGUCGCAAGCAUUUAGGUUGCGCUGUAUUUAAUAAUUAUAUUUAUGCCGUCGGCGGACGUGACGAUUGCAUGGAACUGUCGUCCGCCGAACGCUACAAUCCCCUCACCAACACCUGGAGCCCUAUUGUGGCCAUGACCUCUCGUCGCAGUGGCGUCGGUCUGGCUGUUGUCAAUGGGCAGCUAUAUGCUGUGGGCGGCUUUGAUGGCUCCGCCUACUUGAAGACCAUUGAGGUGUACGAUCCUGAGACGAAUCAAUGGCGCUUGUGCGGCUGCAUGAACUAUCGUCGCCUGGGUGGCGGCGUUGGUGUUAUGCGUGCACCUCAGACUGAGAAUUAUAUGUGGUGCGAUAAUAAUUUUAGACAUCAGAAUAAUCAAAAAUUAGUUGAACUGCAUAACUAACUCAACUAUAAUGUCAUUUCUUUGCAUUUGUCCUUAUAUUUAAACUCACACACAUAAAACAUACUACAUGCUAACACACACACACAAAACACGCAGGAUACGCAAGGAUUCUGUCGUCUGAUGGGAGCCGAAGCCGGCGUCGUCAGCGCUGCCCUCGCAAACGUUGCCGCCGCCGCACUUCUAUUAAAAAAGGAACAGGACUCCAACAACAGCUAAAAAUUGCAAGAAACAACCACAUGAAAUAGUAACAGAAAAACAGACCGACAGACAGUUAACUGCUACAACAAAUCGAAGCCAAAUUUUUUCCAGCGGCUUAAGCAUAAGCAUAAUUGUAUAAUUGAUACUUAAUUGUUAAUCGUUUCCCCCAUUUGAUGGCGCGUUAAAAAUGAGAAAUGUUUGUUGUGUCGCGCGUUUUUAACAAAAUAUGCCUAGCUUUAGUUGAAUACACACACACACAUUCUCAAUUACACGUUACACUCAAUCAGCCCAACACGAACACACACACACAAACCUAAAUAUAUAUAUAUUAUAUGCUAAACACGAUGUACUGUAAUAUUUAUUAAGCUAAGUAACUAAAUACUACAUGUUCUUUGUAAAGCAAACUAAAACAAAACUAACUGUUGGUUAAAAUUUCAUGGAAAUUUCUGACAUGCCUUUUCCCCCUUCUCACCUCUCGCCACAUCAUUCAUUUACAUUUAUAUAACACUCUCGAAAAACAAAAACAAACAAAAUACAAAGCAUUGAAAAUCAAA